AUGACGCCGCGCGCGCCUGAACCGCUACCUGCCGAGUAUCGACGACCACGACCACAGCUCCAACGCAACGCAUCAACGCAGUCGAAACUCUCGCUACCCACCUCGUCGCAGUCCAACGAGGCUGAUGACGAGCAGAGCUUUUCUGACGGCAGCUUCGACAUGGACAGCAAUGCCACACGUCCACAGUUUGAGGGCGAAGACACGCGCCUGACCAGCAAUAAGGAACUGUCAGGCUUCUACAUGUACGGUUGGGCUGCAGAGGUCUUUGUAGUAUGCGGUAUUGGCUCCUUCAUACCUGUCACCCUCGAGCAGCUCGCCCGCGAGAAUGGCGUCCUUCUCAGCGACCAUACUACGCCAUGCAAGGCUUCGCUGUCUACCGUCACUUCAACUGCCAGCUUCACGACAAUGUUUAAGCCUCAUCAGUCCGAGAAGGGACAGUGUGUGGUCAACAUCCUCGGCUUUGAGAUCAACACAGCUAGCUUCGCCAUGUAUACCUUUAGCAUCUCCGUGUUGAUCCAGGCGCUGCUCAUAAUCUCCAUGUCUGGCGCUGCAGACCACGGGCGCUUCAGGAAGACAUUUCUUCUGUGGUUUGCAUUCAUUGGCAGUACUGCGACAAUGCUGUUCUUGCUUGUCGUGCCGAGUGUAUAUAUCCUGGGGGCAGUGUUGGCCAUCAUCGCCAAUACCUGCUUUGGCGCAAGCUUUGUACUCCUGAACAGCUUUCUGCCUUUGUUGGUCAGGUUCCACCCCACUGUAAGCUAUGCUGCGUCGAACAGCGACGACUCGACAGACUACGAGGAUAACGUCGACAACCUCUCUGACGAAGCACGCCUAGCACAUGAUGCACGCUAUUUGAAUCGACUCGCACAACAUGAAACAAUCUUCGACGAAGUUACAGAUGCAACCACGGCUCUCCUCCCGCCACAGCGUUCCGCACCCGAUCUCACUAUUCCACGUGUGAAAGCUCGCUCAGCACCGUCUCAAGAGCUUGCAUUGUCGACCAAGAUCUCUUCUUACGGCAUUGCUAUUGGUUAUAUUGCCGCGCUUUUAGUGCAGACUCUCUCGGUUCUCGUUGUCAUCACGUUUCAGUCCUCGAAUUUUGGCUUGCGACUUGUGCUUUUCAUGAUUGGUGCUUGGUGGUUCGUGUUCUCCAUCCCUAGCGCUCUAUGGCUGCGGCCACGUCCAGGACCACCGCUACACAUUGGUGACAACACAUCGAAUGUCCACACGGCAAUUGCCUACUUUACAUACUCUUGGAAGUCACUGGGGCGGACGGCGAUGCAUGCACGACAACUUAAAGAUGUUCUGCUUUUUCUUGCAGCAUGGUUCUUACUUAGUGACAGCAUCGCCACCGUCUCUGGGACCGCUGUGCUCUUCGCAAAGACUACGCUUGGCAUGUCCUAUGCUAUGCUGGCUUUGAUCAAUGUCAUUGCGACAAUCUGUGGUGUGCUUGGGGCCUUCGCCUGGUCGAGAGUGUCCCGUUACCUCGACCUCACGCCUGUACAGACGAUCCUGGCCUGUAUCGCGCUAUUUGAGGUGAUCCCAAUAUACGGCCUGCUGGGCUACCUGCCACUAGUUCAGAGAUUGGGCUUCUUUGGCCUGCAGCAGCAGUGGGAGAUGUAUGUGCUGGGCGCAGUCUACGGAUUUGUCCUCGGCGGACUGAGCUCCUACUGUCGCGCUCUUUUUGCCGAGCUGAUUCCCCCGGGCUUCGAGGCAGCUUUUUAUGCACUUUACGCGAUCACCGACAAGGGCAGCAGUGUGUUUGGUCCAGCCAUCGUUGGCGCCAUAACUGAUGCCUAUGGGGAAAUUCGACCGGCCUUUUGGUUUCUCGCCGUCCUCGUUGGCCUGCCCUUUCCCAUCAUGAUGUUCGUCGACCUCGACCGCGGUCGCACCGAAGGUAUCGCACUCGCGAAAACCCUGGAAGAGCUAGAUGCCGGUCACCACUCACGGAUCAGCCAGAGCGACGAGUCUGAGGAUGAGCUCAAUUAAGCACAGCCCUCCCGCAUGACCUCAUAAAUUCCCUGUAUAUCAGCGUGUUUACAUCCACCUGCAUUAGAACGGCCCUCUCAGAGAGCCUAUACGACUUGUAACAGCGAUGUUUGAUACCCACAAUCUACACAUAUUUUCCCCUCGUGCGUUUUUCUGUUCAGCAACCAUGUUCAUAAGCCGAGGCUCUCAUUUGGCCAUGCAAGUUCCUGCAGGAUUUGCAAGGCUGGACCGCUGAGGCUUAAUGUAAGGGCGCCCUGAAGGCUGGAACAACGUACUUCGUUUACGGAGGGCAUUCGCUAGCCGCCAAAGAUAUCGAGUCGGCCGAAAUGGCCGGGUAUAGUCUCCACGCUGGACCCCUUACCCCGUAAACCCAAAGGAUGGCAUGGGUCAUGCCGAUCAUGCUAUA